AUGCCGGAGCGGAGACUGAUAGGGCCUGGUGGAAUGAUCCCAGCACAGCCUCAUUGGUGGAGAAGUUGCAGGCAAAUGACCCUAGAGGAGCAAGCCUUCGACCAAGAAAUCGAGGAUGUGGUGAUUGCAGGCAAAAGAGCUUUGCUGAAGCUCCGAAUGCAGCGAGCUGUAGAAAUGCCUGGGAUGAAGACCCACAUGUUCAAAAAGAUCAGAAAGCAGAUUGCCAGGGCUUUGUCUUUGAGGCGCCAGCGCGAGAUCGCGCGGGGCAUCACCCAAGAGCAGAGCCGACGAAUGCGACGGCGCAAGCGCUUGGAGCUGAAGGUGAAGUACGAGGAUGCUUAUGGUGGUGAGCGCAAAGGUCCAAAGUCCCGGCGCUGGCUUCGCCGCAUGGGCAGAAUUGUCUGA